UGCUGCUAUCGCCUCCAUGUGUUGGAGUGGGAGGGAGCAGACACACGAUCACUGGCAUUUUCCAGGCGAAGUUGGGAGCGAUGGGAGGGAUCGCUCAGUGCUGCGACUGGACGGCACAGCGGCUCGUCUUGUGCCGGCCAUGACGAGACGCAGCCGGUGACAGCGGUGUCGGAGCGAUAAUGAACGCCUUCAGUAAGUGCUGGGAUGGAUGAGGAAGGUUUGCUGUCAGUGCGGGGCGGAAUAACAGUGUGCUGCCGUGUCUCCCGGCUCCGCGAUGGUGGCACCUCUGCGCGCUUUCCCUCCUGCUAUCCGGACCAGGGACACCACCGGCGGAGAAGUGACACACCGGCGACGAAUUUUGCACAAUUAUCAGCGUGAGCUCAGACGUUCGAGGGAGUAGAAGGGAUACUGUCAUGGAGAAACAGAGCAGAGUCAAGGAGGAAAUGCCGACAUCGAAGGAGGAGAAGCGCAAGGAGAAGAAGCCGAAAUCUGGGAAGCUGUUCCGAAAGAAAUCGCUGAAGUCCGUGGGGAGUUUUAUGAACAGAAUCAUCAAAACUUUGGGCACUUUCACCCACUUUGGAGACGCGGACGCGCAGGACGCGGAGGACGACGACGGGGGGUUUCGAAAUGGCGCACCUUGCACCCUCAGCGCCGGCUCAGGAGUAAUCAAAGAGGAUGUACAAAUGGCUUGGGAUCGAGUGGUGAAGAACACUUCGAGCACGUCUUCUUCUCUGUGCACCGGCAGAGAGAAACUCCUCUACCAAUACGGAGACAAAAUCCCGGGCGUUCUGGGACUGAAGAACCACGGCAACACCUGCUUCAUGAACGCAGUGGUCCAGUGUCUGAGCAACACCGACCUGCUGGCCGAGUACCUGGGCUUGGAGAGGUACAAGAUGGACCUGAGUCAGACCAGGAUAAACGGGGUGGUGAAAGCUGAGGAGAGCAGGCUGGCCAAGGGAGAAGUCACGGAGCAGUUGGCAUCACUUGUCAGGGCUCUAUGGACUCUGGAGUACACCCCACAGCUGUCCGUGGACUUCAAGACUAUCGUGUCCAAGUACGGAUCGCAGUUUCGUGGUAAUUCCCAACAUGAUGCCCUGGAAUUCCUCCUGUGGCUGCUGGAUCGCGUCCACGAAGACGUCAUUCUGGCCUCCCACAAUAACAACAACAAGACCAAAGCUCCUGGAAAGGGUUCCGCUGGAGCUGAGGAGGUUCUGUCUCCUGACCCGUGCCCGUCCCAGCAGCCCAGAGUUCAACACAGCUUCGUCCAGGAACAUUUCCAGGCGCAGUACAAAUCUUCGUUGACGUGCCCCCACUGCCUGAAACAGAGCAACACCUUUGACCCUUUCCUCUGCAUCUCACUACCCAUUCCUCUCCGCCAGACCAGGCCGAUGUGUGUGACGCUGGUGUUCAGCACCAAAGGACAGCGGUAUCUGCGGGUCGGGCUGGCCGUGCCUCUGUUCGGCUCCGUGGCCUGUCUGAGGAGGAUGGUGGCCGACGAGGGGAAAAUAUCCCCGGACCAGGUGAUCCUGACAGAGGUUUACUCUACGGGGUUCCAGCGCUCCUUCUUUGAUGAAGAAGAUCUAACUAGCAUCGCUGAGAAUGAUGUCAUCUACGCCUUCCAGGCUCCACCGCUCUACAUCAGAGGAGGCUCUGCUCGGAUCUCAGGAUACCAUCACAGCCUGCCGUCUUCUCCAUACUCCACUGGACCUGAGGGUCAGAGAUUGCAGUCAUCUGGGACCUUAUCGUCAGAGUUCCUCAACCAGGGAGUCCCCGUCAAGAUUCUGCUGCUGGUGUGCAACGCUGCAGGGGCUGGCCAACAGACUGUUAGGUUUGGACCUCCGUUCCUAAUGAGGGAGGACCGGGGUAUUUCCUGGGACCAGCUGCAGCAGAGCAUCCUCAGCAAGCUUUAUUACCUGAUGAUCAAUGGAGCUCAGGCACAGAAUACCAGAGUGCUGUUCAAUAUCCGUGUGGUGGGAGGAUCUGCAUUUUACAGCUACCUGUCCCCUCAGGACGGGCGUCCACUCUACCACCCAGCUGUCGACAGAGCUCUGAAGCUCUGCGGCUCAGGAGGACCUCCACAUGUGAAGCUCAUCAUUGAGUGGGAACACAGAAUCAAAGACUGCCUGUUUGGUAACAUUCAGGAGGAGGUGGUGAAGGAUGCUGAGAGUGUGAGGAACCAGCAGCAGCAGCACGUCCAGCAGUACAGCUGCACCUUGGAUGAGUGCUUCCAGCUCUACACCAAAGAGGAACAGCUCGCCCCAGACGACGCCUGGAAAUGCCCCCACUGUAAGCAGCUGCAACAGGGCAUGGUGAAGAUGAGCCUGUGGACGCUGCCGGACAUCCUCAUCCUGCACCUGAAGCGCUUCAGGCAGGUGGGCGAGCGACGGAACAAGCUCACCACGUUCGUGCAUUUCCCCCUGGCGGGCCUGGACCUGACACCCCACAUGGUGCACCGCGGCCACAGUACCCAUCAGCCACCUCUCCAGCCAGGCUGGAAGCAGCCCAGACGCCCAGACCUGGCUCCUCCUGACUUCCUGUACGAUCUGUAUGCCGUCUGCAACCACCACGGAGGGAUGCACGGCGGACAUUACACAGCCUUCUGUAGGAACUCGGUGGAUGGCCAGUGGUACAGUUACGAUGACAGCAGUGCCGAGGCGGUUCCAGAGGCGGAGGUGUGCACACGUGGAGCCUACAUCCUCUUCUACCAGAGAAGAAACACUAUCCCUCCCUGGUCUGCCAGCUCCUCAGUCACUGGUUCCACCAGCUCAUCUGCCUCCGACCACUGGCUGGUCCGACUGACGGGGGGCAGUAAGAGGGGCAGCGUGGUGUCAGGCGGACCCAUCCCUGGACCUUUGGGGCCCACACAGGCUCCAGAGUCCCCUGAGUUGCCAGUGUUUGGAGAAGAACCCCCAAGAAGAGUGGAAACAAAUGUGUCUGAAGUCAGUCAGUUUGUUCGAGGAACCCAAGGCAGGAGUGUAAGCAUGAGAUCGCCAACUAAACCCAAGGAGACUCUGAACAAAGUUCUUCCCCUGCGGUGGUCUUUUGGAUCCAAAGACCGCAUUAAACACUCAGUACAGGCGCAGUCUGGUGAGCUGGUCGAGUACCUGGAGUCUGGGCGCCGGCCACGCUGCACCAAAGACCCGAUUAUCUCUCUGGUGGCCACCCCACCACAAAGGAGUGUCCAGGGAAGAGUGUUUGAAGCAGGACAGGACUGCAGUUCACCCAGUGGCAGCAGCCUCAGCUGCACCGACAGACUCAGCUCAGACACUUGUUACUCCCCUAAAAUACCAGAGGGACAGAGCAGACCUUAUCUUGAGAGAGGCAUCAGCCAUGGAGUUGGAAACGGCAGCAACGUUAACAUCAGAGAUGACGAUUCUCUGAGGCAGAGAUCCUCUAAAAGAGGGAGGCCAGACCAGGGCAGAACCCUGGAUUUCCAGCUGCACAGAGGGGCUAUUCUAGGUGGUCACAUCAGCCACAGCGCACCUCCAAGUAGAGACUCUACACUCAGAAGAAGCAAGGUCCAGACAGGGGCGACCUCCAGGGCACAAAAAGACUUAUUACAGAUGGUUAUUCAGUCUGAAGACAGGAGGGGGCAGAGGGGGCAGGAAGCUCGGAGCCAGGACAGCCUCUUGUCUUUUUUCAAGCCUGUUUUCAUGAAGAAAGACAUCAGUAGGUCACCGAUCAGGGGACAAGAUACAUGUAUGAAUGGCCACGGUCAGCUGGGGAGGCUGGCCAGCAGUAAUUUAGCCAAACUGUCCCUCUCCAACGGUACCCUGACUGCAGUGGCAUCAGAGGAGAGGAAGGGAAACGUCGUCCCUGGUUGUGACUCACACACCUGCAAAGUGCAGCUGGUCAAUGGAAAGACUGGGAACCACGAGCCCGUUGACAUUAAGCGCGCCCACAGCUCCAGCAACAUCCAGACGAAGCUGGAUUUGACAUUUCGCAGGUGUGCCUCCCUGCAGAGGAACGGAGAAGUGGUGGUCCCUCCAGCCCACCGUGUCCUGCUGUCAGAGAAGCCCUGCUUUGCCACCUUGCAGAGGACGCGGUACAGUACCACCUCCCUGGUGCCUCUGUGACAGCCCAGAAUGCCUGCUGAACACUAGGACCUCUGCUGAUUUCUGCACCCAGAGAAGCCCCCCGGACGGAGUCAUCACUUGAAAUAAAGUACAUCUUCUCUCUCCACUUCAUAGUACUGUUCUAAGUUCUUACCUGUGUGUGUCUUAAACUAAAAUCUAUGCAGAGUUGAAUUACUGAGGAGAGAAACUGCUGUAAUGGGGUUUUGUUCCGCUUGCCUCCACAUUUUGUUUGUUUACCGUCGGUAUACGUUGGGGUUUUUGAUCAGCGGAGGGCAAUUAGCAUGCUUUGAGUCCAUUACGACAUCUGUUUGGAGGGUAGGAAAUGAUCUUUUGCUUUUUGGUUUAUGUGGUUUAUACAUUGAAAGAGCGAAACAGCAUAUACAGUUUACAGACAAUGGGCUAAGACGUGUAAGAUUGUUUUUAAACACUGCAAAAAGUACUAACAGCGCACUGUAAAUUGGCUGCUAUAAGAAGAUAAAUCAUUUGCUUUAUCACUUAGUAUCAGUUUAAUAUUCUAUUAUAUUAUUGAUGCACUUUUAAAAAAAAAAAUAUUGCCAUAUUUUUUCUACAUGACCUGAGCAUACAUGCUAAUUUGGACAAAGAAAAAGAGUUUCAUUAACCCUCCUGUUGUCCUCAUUAACGGGCACCAAAAAUAUUGUUUCCUUGUCUGAAAAAAAUCCCAAAAUUUAGCAAAAAAAUUCCAAAAAAAUCACAUAUAUAGCAGUAAAACGUCUAAUAUUUUCUUUAAGAACAUUCACAUAAAAAUCAACCAAAAUCUAACGAAAUUCGUUGGAUUUUGGUUGAUUUUUAUGUGAAUGUUCUUAAAGAAACAUUUUUAACAUUUCAUUUUUCCACCAAAAAAUGAUUUCCCAAAAAUGCUGAAAAUGUGGACAUCAGAAGUUUCACUGUGAAAAUAUAGAUUUUUUUUUCACAUUUUCAAACUUUAAACUCGGUGAAUUUUGACCCGCAGGACGGCAUGAGGGUUAAAGACCUUUGAUGUGCGAAUUGUAACAAAUGGAUGAAUAAAUAGUUGAAGAAGCUUCUGGAUGUACAAUACAUGAAAUAUGUAAAGGGACUCUGUACUGACAGCUUGGUUUUGUUAGUUUUUUCAAAAGCAAAUGUGAAACUGAAAAUGACGUUCUCACCAUGACCACGACCCUGGUAAUAACACACACACACACACACACACACACACACACACACACACACACACACACACACACACACACACACAUAUAUUAACCACCCUAGUUAGACUUGGAACUCCUACUGAUAAAAUACCAACAUUAUCAGGUCCAGAUACAAAGGUGUCGCUCCCUUUAAAGCAGUUUUCACAUUUGGGAUUGAAAAGGGGAUUCACAUUGUGUGCACAAUUAUAGGAUUUGUUGCAGCUUUAUGCUACGGCUGUUAAUUUAAUUUGGUUCCUCAUUAGUCUACAUUAAGACCUUUUAGUGAUGAAGCAAAAGCUGAAUUUUAUAUAAAUUUUAUAUAUAUAUAUAUAUAUAUAUAUUUAAACAUAUAUAAAAACUCUUUAGCUGUGGAGACGCUCAUAUGGAUCCUACUGCUAAAUUAUGCUGCAAAUAUUUAAUAAAAUCAAAGGAAAGACUCCUACAAACAGCUGGAAACUGAACUUCAGAUCCCGCUUAGUAUGUGUAAGAACAACAUUAACUACAAAAUAAAAUGAAAACAUAAAAAUUCAUUUUUACGUGCAUUUCAGUUUGCAACAGAUGUGAAUAAAUCUUACCGACAUAAGUACUCAGACCGUUUGCUUGGUAAUAAUAUGAAAAACCUUUGGCAGCAGUUACAGCCUCACAUCUUCUCACAUAGCCUUGCACAGGGCCAGGAUUUCAUUUAGGCCAUUUCUUUGCCCUGUUUAGCUUUCUGCUAGUCCCUGCUGCCCCACAGCAUGAUGAUGCCACCACCAUGCUUCACCACUGGGGAAGGAAUGCCAGGCUUCCUCCCAACAUCUUUCAACAAUUAAAUUUUCUUCCCAAGUAUUACCAUCUAACAGAAAUGGGAGAAUGUGUAGGUGGCUAUGAAGCCUCUGCAGCCUACUUGGACUGGUCGGACCCUCACCUUCCAGCCUCGCUGUUUGGCAUCGACGUCAAACUUCAUAUAUCUCAACUUCUUGCGCUUGUAGGCCUCCUCUGCUGAGCUCUCCCAGGGCACUCUGGCCUCGAUGAUGUAAAUGUGCCUAAGCGAAGCUGACCAAAGCACCAGGUCUGGUCGCAGGUUGGUGGAUGGGAUCUCAGGUGGGAAGCAGAGCUUUUGGUCCAGGUCUACCAGCAUCCUCCAAUCGGAAGCCUUGCGAUUUGACGAUGCUGGCAGAGAUAAGGGUCCUCUCGGUCUCAUCCAAGAGGACUCUCACCCUCCCAGAAAGAUGUUGUUUCUUGCCAUCGAGCUGACGUGGGUGGAAGGACGUUAACACUCAUGCACUGCCUUUCCAGCACUAGCGCCAGACUCUUUAGCAUUCUGCCGCCAGGUGUAACGGCCUUGAGCGAGGCUGGUCUUGCAGCCCACAGAUGUGUUUGAGUGCAGCUGGAGUCGGGCAGAGUGACUUAUAGCAAAGGGUCUGAGUGCUCACAUCAAUCUGAUAUUUUAGCUUUUUAAUAAUAAUAGCUUUAAUAAUUGAGCUUUUGCUUUGUCAUAAUGGUGAGUUGAAUGUAGACUAACGACAAAACCAGUGGACUUUGAAUACUUUAUGUGUGCACUGUACAUUCAUUUCACGGCUGUUUCUAUGUCUAUUUUUGCUGCUGGAGGAGGAAGAGGAGCCCAAGGGAACAUGAACAGAAAUCAUAAUUUUAUCUGGAUGAUUAAUAUUCCAUUUUUUUUAAUAUACCAUCUCAGAUGCUCUUUUGCUUACUUUUGCAUUGUAAAAAAUUCUUCUCUGAGGAUUGUUAGUGAGACUCCUGACUGGUUGCCGCCUACACUGUAUCUGUCUUCACCUCUCAUAUUGUGUCCCUUAACAUUGCUGUUUAACACCAAAAUCAAGUGAUAGUAUAUGAAGGAGUCUGAGACAUUAUUUGGGGAAAAAAAUGGCUAGAUUAUAUUUUAUUAACUUUUUUAAAGGUCUACAUUUUGUACCGGAUGUGUAAUUAUGUAAUUUAAGAUUAAAACUGUAUGUUUCAGGAUACUUGUAUGAGGUCAUAGAUUCUGGUAAGCGGGUUUGAAUUGGACACAACACACAAAAGUUCCUGUACUGGACUGUCUAUAAUGUCUGCUUAAUGUACUGCAAGUUUUAUGGAUUGCAAAUUAAACACAGCUUUUCUCACAAUCA